AUGGAGUUGGAUCUCGUGACCGUGCUGAGAUUCAUCUGGACCGCGGGGAUGCUCCCCAUUGUCGUGGCUUCUCUCCCCUUAUCUUGCCUCCACGGCUUCCACGGAUUAGUGUUGGAAAUAGCCAAGAGGGGGAAGACGACUCCCUCUUUCCCUCCGGUUAGUGCGCGUCAUUUCCCCGAGCACAGUCGCUCGUAAUCAAGAAUCAAUAUCCGUGAAAGUCAGUCCGCUCUCAUCAGUUUAUUUUUCACUGUCAUAAUCUUCGAUUUUUUCUUUCUAUUGGAUUGCAGAGCUUCACUGUUCCCCACAGCUACUUCUCACAUUUCUAUAUCCUCGGAGUGUGCUGGACAACGUGCCUGCUGUUCUCCACGUGGUUUUAUGUACGCACGAAAACAGAGAUGGAUGCUGAUGUCGAUUCUACAGGCCAGCUAUGGAAAACUGUCUUUGUUCUAAUAUUGAUGGAAGCACAGGUCAUCAGACGCCUGUAUGAGUCAUUCUUUGUGUUUAAAUACGAUUCAUCUGCUCGAAUGCACGUUCUUGGCUACUUGACUGGCUUAGUGUAAGUUUCACACUCGCUUCAUUGUUGUUUUCCAUGAUAGAAUCGUAUUCAAACCACUUAAUAAUAAUAAAUUGACAUUGAUCAUGGUAAUUUUUUUGCGAAGAACUAGUGCUCACUCAUCAUGAUUUAUUUGUAUUAUCUGUUUGAAAGGUGUUGAAUGAACUUGUUUCACUUUUGACGGAGAAGAUUGAAUUGAAUCACACAAGGCAUAGUGAUGUACUCAAUCAUCCACUUCUAAUGUUAUUUCGUGAGUAAUCCUCUGCUUGAGGAAUAAAUCCGUUUUCAGUGAUUCUCGAUGAAAACUGGAUCUCCUGUUAAUCCGUGUAGAAACCUACAAGUUCAGUCAUUAAUCUCGGUGACAUCUUCUCAUAUAGAUCAAGUUUGUGGUGCUGAUUACAAAAUCAUUCAUUAAUUAAAGUGGAAAAGACGGGAAAUAGUUGAACUAGCAACUCAUUUAUCUUAUUGUACAUACGUGUGACCAUUGGGAUGAAAAACCCUACUUUAUUUGUUGUAUGUUAUGUAUCUUUAUCUACAUAUGUAUAUUUAUAAACCUUUUGUGGAUUAGUUUCUAUGUUGCAGAACCAGUUUCACUUUGCUGCUCCUUUGCUCUAGAGGCGCUUACCUACACUGGUACCCAAAUCAGUGAAUAUGCGGUCAAAGGUUGGCAAGGAAUCCCGGAGGCCGAAUUUGACCUCUGGGACUAUAUGAUGCCUCUUACGAACGUGGGAUGGCUCCAAUGGAUUGGUGCAGUGAUAUUUUUCUGGGGUUGGAUCCAUCAGUUCCACUGUCACAAAAUUCUGGUUAGUUUAUUCCCAUGUUGUAGCCUCUAAUUUUCAUCAGUGCUUCUCUUUGGGGGGACAUUUAAUGUUAUCAUUUCAAAAAUGAGAAUCAUCUCAUUUUAAUCAUGCUUCAAAAUAAGGUGGCCUCAUAGUUCUCAAAAUUCAUUCAUCGGGAGAGGAAUUCUUCACUAGCUUAGGAUUUGUUGUCUUCGAUGAACUUAUUUAUUGAUCUUAGCGUGAUCUACUUGUUACUAUUUUGCUAUGGGAAGAUCAACUCAUCUUGAGCGUCUCCCCACUCUCCCCCUUAAAAUCAUAUGAUAAUUAUUUCGAUGUAUUGCCAGAUUUUAUCGGAAAUAAAAGCUGUGCUAGUGGAAGACAUAAACAAGUUGAAAUUAUUCAGCGAACAAGAAUGUGUCCUAUGAAUGAAUUGGUACAAAAAAAUGAAAUUAAGCAUGACAAGCGACUCAAUUUCUGCAGAUCGAUCACCCUGUCUUUGUAUUAAUCUCUGUUGUUUUUCAAAAAACUCCUUUGAUGAAUAGAGAAGUUCAGUAGGACAUGAUUGAUGAAAGUAGAUCCCUCCACUGGUUGAUUAGUUUUUUUCUGAUUAAUUAAGUUGACUAUUAUGAAAUACCCAUGGGAAUAUGUGACACCUGGACUGAACUUUUUUUUUUUUCGUACACACUUAAGGCGCUAAAAGGAUUUAGCUAUUCGAAUUCCACAGGGAUCAUUGCGCAAACAGAGGAGAGCAGAUGAAUACCUCAUCCCUCAUGGUGAUUGGUUUGAAGUCGCCUCCUGUGGGCAUUACCUUGCCGAAAUUGUAAGUAAUUAUCGUUUAUUGAAUUGUUUUCUAGAAAAAGAAAAAAAAAAGAAUUCAUGUCUUUCUAUGGGUAUCAAUAGGUUAGAACCAAUUGUUACCACUAGAAAACAGGCACCCGGCCUAGGUCCUUCAUAGCCUAGGCCCACUCAUGCUUCAUCCCAAUUCAGGCAAAAACAAAAAAAAAAAAAAAAAAAAACAGUAGAUAUCCAUCUCUAAUAAUUUCAUUCCAAUGCUCAGGUUAUGUAUCUUGGGAUUGUACUGGCUAGCGGUGUCACAGAUCUCACCCUGUGGCUCUUACUGGCCUUCGUGGUACGUGUUGCCUUCUGCGCCCUUGGAUUGCCUUCUCUUUGCAAAGUUCUAGUUCAUCAUUAAAGCUCUUCCCGGCUUCCCUGCAGGUGGCGAACCUUGUCUUUGCUGCAGCUGAGACCCAUCAAUGGUACCUUCAAAAGUUUGACAACUACCCGCGUACCAGGCGCGUGAUCAUUCCACUGCUUUAUUAG